GGACGAAGCUGUGGCACCUGGUGAAGAACCACGAGCACAGUGAUCAGCGAGAAGGGGACCGAGGCAGCAAGAUGGUUUCUGAGAUCUACCUGACCAGACUGCUCGCCACCAAGGGGACGCUGCAGAAGUUCGUGGACGACCUGUUCGAGACGGUGUUCAGCACCGCCCACCGGGGCUCUGCCCUCCCAUUGGCUAUCAAAUACAUGUUCGACUUCCUGGACGAGCAGGCCGACAAACGGCAGAUCAGCGACCCGGACGUCCGACACACCUGGAAGAGCAACUGCCUUCCUCUCAGGUUCUGGGUGAACGUCAUAAAGAAUCCUCAGUUUGUGUUCGACAUCCACAAGAGCAGCAUCACGGACGCCUGCCUGUCGGUCGUCGCUCAGACCUUCAUGGACUCCUGCUCGACGUCCGAACACCGGCUCGGGAAAGACUCUCCGUCCAACAAGCUGCUCUACGCUAAAGACAUCCCCAACUACAAGAGCUGGGUGGAGAGGUAGCUAACAUGCUAACCUAGUAUCAUACUGUAAUAUACCAUGUAAAACUGGGUGGAGAGGUAGCUAACAUGCUAACCAGCUAUCAUUCUGUAAUAUACCGU